AUGGCACACACAAGUCUGGCGGCUGGUGGUGGCGAUGGAUGGGGUAGUGGUGGCGGACGCAGAGGGGUUGCCGGGGGAACGGCAAGCGAUAAGAGGCACCCAGACAGAGCUGAGGAGAGUGCGGGAGAAUUGGACAGAGUUAGGAAAAAACACGAUGAACCGGUCACACUCGCUCCGGCACAGCCGACCAACAUCAAGAUCGUCCCGGUUGGGAGGACACCUUUGCGCGGAAACGCAACACACACAAGCCUUCCAAAGCUUAUCAAGACGGAAAACGGGCUAAUUGCAGCGUAUGAGGCGGCAGGAAGGGAGCAGCAAGCUGUGGCAUCGCAGUUAUCGCAAUGGGGAGAGGAAACAGGAGACGAUGCAAUUGGAGACUUGAGUGACAAAGUGGCAGUUAUUUUGUCGGAAAUAGGAGAUCUUGAGGAGAACCAUGCAACCCAGAUUGACGAUUCACGGAGAGUACUCAAGACGAUACGUAAUAUUGAAAACUCGGUUCAGCCACUGAGGGAUGCAAAGCAGAAGCUAACGGAUCAAAUUGCAAUGUUAAAACACAAGGAUCCAGAGUCGUCUAAGCUAGUUGAGCAGGAACAGAGAUUGGUUCGGCUAGAAGCAGAGAAUUUGGUUGCAGAAGCACAAUUGACACAUGUUUCACGGCAGAAACUGAAAGAAGCAUACAACAUGUACUUUUUGUCGGUCCAGGAACGGGCAGAAAAGCAAUGUCUUUUGUCAUACUAUGGCCGGAAACUGUUGGACUUGCUGGACGAUAAUCCGGUGAUCCCGGGGGAUAUACGUAUAGCAUAUGAAUCGGAAAAGGAGGCAAAAGAACUUCUUUUGGAGGCAGAAGAAGCCUUGCAAUCGUGGCGUCCUGGGCAGUUGUCGUACGAGAGAGAACAUGCAUCAGACCCAAAUUUAGUGUCUGAACGCAGCCAAGAUAGCUUUUCGAAACCCGAGAUGUCGGCAGUUGCAAUUAUCAAGCAGGAUAUAUCAGAAGAAAUGGAAAAAACAGUAUCUUUAGCGUAA